GGCUGGAGGUGGCGGCGGCGGCGGCGGCGGCGGCGGCGGCGGCGGCGACGAAGACUCGUCCCAGCCGGACCCAGUCUCGCCAUCCUGAGCAGGCCUGGAAUGGGUAAUGGUGUGAAAGAAGGUGCGGUGCGUUUGCGUGAGGAUGCCGAGGCUGUCCUGUCCUCACCCGUCUCUUCAAAGAGCGAUCACAGGCAAGUUCUCAGCUCCCUCCUGUCCGGGGCCCUGGCUGGUGCUCUCGCCAAAACGGCAGUAGCUCCCCUAGACCGAACCAAAAUCAUCUUCCAAGUGUCUUCAAAAAGAUUUUCUGCCAAGGAGGCCUUCCGACUCCUCUACUUCACCUACCUCAACGAGGGCUUCCUGAGCCUGUGGCGCGGGAACUCGGCCACCAUGGUGCGCGUGGUGCCCUACGCCGCCAUCCAGUUCAGCGCGCACGAGGAGUACAAGCGGGUCCUGGGUCGCUACUACGGCUUCCGCGGAGAAGCUCUGCCCCCUUGGCCCCGCCUCCUCGCAGGCGCUCUGGCUGGAACGACGGCUGCUUCGCUGACCUACCCCCUGGACCUGGUCAGAGCGCGGAUGGCGGUGACCCCAAAGGAAAUGUACAGCAAUAUCUUUCAUGUCUUCAUUCGCAUCUCCCGAGAAGAGGGGCUGAGAACCCUCUACCACGGGUUCACGCCCACCGUGCUGGGGGUCAUUCCCUAUGCCGGGCUCAGCUUCUUCACCUACGAGACGCUCAAGAGCCUGCACAGAGAGUACAGCGGCCGCCGGCAGCCCUACCCCUUUGAGCGCAUGAUCUUCGGGGCCUGCGCCGGCCUCAUCGGGCAGUCGGCCUCGUACCCGCUGGACGUGGUGCGGCGGCGCAUGCAGACGGCUGGAGUCACGGGCCACCCGCGCACCUCCAUCGCGCGCACCAUGUGCACCAUCGUGCGGGAGGAGGGCGCGGUGCGCGGCCUCUACAAGGGCCUCAGCAUGAACUGGCUAAAGGGCCCCAUCGCCGUGGGCAUCAGCUUCACUACCUUCGACCUCAUGCAGAUCCUGCUGCGGCGCCUGCAGAGCUAGGGGCCCGGCGGGUCAGCCCUCUCGGGACAGGGAGCCGAGCUCAGUGCGCGGUGGUCGGCUGACCCCUUUUGUUUCUGAGCCGGCGGAGCAAGGGUGUGUUUGAUUCUACCCCUGGGAACCGCGUCGGAGCACCUUGUGGAACAAGCUGGCGGCUCAGGGGGUCUUGGCCUCAGUGCCCACAGGUCCGAGGAGAAAGCCAGACGCCCUGGCAGUGCAGUGUUGGGACAGGCGGGCCAGCGCCUCCUGCGCUCUCCUCUUCCCUCCUCCCUAGGGCUUGCCCUGCCUCCUGGAGGUUGUUUCCUAACCGCCUGCGCUGCCUCCUGGCGCUCUGUGUCCUUAGACAUGCUCCUGGUUCUAGGGACCCAGUCCUCACUGGGCUCACAGCCAGACUCCUCCUGCCCCUUGUUCUGAGAGGACACCCAGGGGAAGGAGGUGCGCAGAGUGCAGACGGCCUGGCCUAGGCCCUGCGCCCUGUGUGGGACGGGACCAGCCUCCUGCCCCACCCCACCCCACCCCACCUGUCCUGCCUUCGCCAUUGCUUCCUAGGUAACAUGACUCCUCUGUCCCCAGAGCCCCCUGUUUGGGAACAGCCUUCUCCCCAGAGUGUUGUCCCGAUCCUGGCCCUGGGAUCAGGUCUUCUCCUGUUGCCUGCCCACCCAGUUUGUAAUGUUCCCAGGAGGGCCACGUCUCCUUCCAGGCAGCAGGGUUGGAGGAAUCGCCACGGGUUUGGGUCUGAGCCCCACCUGGAGCAUCUGCCGAAAACUGAGUACCCAGGUCGCCUCCUGGGGCCAACAAGUUCCCACCCCACAGCCCUGACCUCUGCCUGUAGGCACUGUGGCUCCUAGGGAACCCAUAGCAUCUGGCACAUCCCCAGCUCCCCACCUGAGCAGACGUUUGGCCGAAUCACAGGGCAGUUUCAGGCUCAGUGUUGUCUGAUUUCCAUGAACAGAGCACAUGGAGGUGGCUGGCAGCCUUGAUUUUCCCAAAGGGGGAGCCCUGAGACAGUGUACGGCCUGGGGACUGGAAGCUUAGGAGGAGCUGGGGUACUCCAGGGCACACCCAAGGAGCUGGCUCAUGGAGAAGUCCCCUGGCCUGCCAGGUGUCACAGGGACUCAGAAAUGCCCGGUUCCUAAUGACAUUUGGAGUUCCUUGAUUUUUUUUGGUUUUGUUUUUCAAUUUGGCUGACCCUGGGUCUAUUCACAGCAAACUGACUCACCCUAUCUGGUUCCAGGAUGAGGGGAACCAGGGGUCGGUUUUCACAGUUGGCUCAGCAGCCAGGAUGUGUAAAAGGAUAUGAGAGGGUGUGUUUACCCCACGCCCAUUUCAAUCAUGACUUUCUUUUUUCCCUCCAUUGUGCGUCGCCUCAGACCUGUGGAUGUGAAGACCCUUCUUUCUGCCCUUUCUUGUACGUGUCCACUGGCCAGCCUCGUCUCAUCCCCAGACUCGUCCCUGGGGAGCCAGGCAGCCUGUGAUGGCUGUCCUGUUGGGUGAGCAUCCCACUCCCUCGCCAAGCCUUGCCCAGUGCCCAGGCUUAGCUGGAGAGGAGGAGAGGCGGGGUGACCCCACAGGGAGACAGGAUGGGGACCCGAGGGGCCCCAGGUGAGAGAGAGCAGCAGGGACUGGGGUCCACCCCGGGCAGGUGAGACCACAUGGAUGGUUGGGCAGCAUCCUCCUUUGAGCCUCAGGCUGAGCAGGGCGGGGAGGGUCCCCCAGGUCCUGCUAGCCGCAGUGUGCCUCCCCUAGCUGGUUCAGCCGAGUGGGCCUCAGCAGUGCCACCCCCACCCCCAGCCUGCACUCAGCCGGGCUGGUGCCCUCUGCUGUCACACCCCUCCCCAGUGGUAGCCUGUCCUGGUCUGGAGUUACAUUUGAUGCCAUGAAGACACUUUGUUUAUAUAUAAUGUUUAUAUAUUUUAAAGAUUUGUGCCAAGAGAGUAUAUUUAAUAAAAAUCAAAGUGACUUUUUCUCCUGCCUCUGACCCCCACCCUCCAUGAACCAAAAACAGGGUUGAAGUUACUUUGACAGAUUUUUGAAUAAAGUCUUGAAUAAAC